AUGUUCUACGUUAAUACUAAGAUGAGAGAAAAGAUAAAACUAACCGAUAGAACAUCGGAGCAGUCAGCUGCGCAACACACGACCGUCGGUUACGGGUACACACCGGGGUUGAAUACGACAGGCACUUCGACAACGUUACCUACGUAUCGUCAUGAACCAGGCAGCGGGCGGGUGACGCGCGCGGGGCGCGAGGCGAGGCGCGCGCGGCGCCCGAGCCCGGCGCCGACUCCGCAGAACAAAGCGCGGCCCAGCACUACGGGCGAGGUUCGCUGGCAGACGGGGCCGCGAGUCGGCGAUACUUUACCUAGCGGCGGCAGAGCGCGGUGUGCGCGAGGUGGCGGGCGCGGUCGACGCUGCGGUCAGCGGUCGCGGCGCGGCGCGGCCAUGGCGGCGGCGCGGCAGGCGGCGACGACUCGCGCACUGCCGCCGCCGGGCCGCGCCCGCCGCCGCCGCCCGGGCCCGCGCACGCGCCCCAGCGCCGCCCCCGCCCGCCCAGACAACCCAAAUUGA